CUCCGAAGUCCAUGACAUUCCCUUCCUUGUAAAGGAGUCACUAGACCCAACAAAGGACCCUUCUGUUUUCCCUCUCAUUUUUUUCCUCUCUCUCCCAAAUCUCUCUAUUUUCUUAGCAAACAAGCAGAAUCUAGAGAGAAGGGAAUCAACAUAGUAUGGCCAACAAAAACCCAAAAAGGAUACCUUGAAACCCCAUUUCUCAUCGAAUCAAAGAAGACAACAAAAGAAACCCCGUAUUUUUACGCAUCCCAAGAAAACAACCCAAAACCCCACCAAAACCCAUAAACAAGACAAGGAAAACCCAAAGCAAACAAGAACCCGCCACGACAUCAUCUUGAACCUCGUACAUGUCAGAUCCUUCUUCCCAUUCCCCGCCGCCGGAAUCUCCGGUCACUGUAGACCGCCGCACUGACCAUUCGUGUCUCACCAAAUGGACAGUCUGUUACAACUCAAAACUCAAAACCAAGAAAACCGUUUACAGCCCAUAUUUUGACGUGGGUGGCUUUGAUUUCCGCCUCUUGUUAUACCCAAGAGGUGAUUCUUUGGCCCCUCCCAGUUACCUUUCUUUAUGCAUUCAAAUCAAUGACCCGCGCUGCUCUUCCAAAUUUGAUUGCUUUGCUAGCUAUAAACUAAGCAUUUUGAACCACGAAGACAAGUCAAAGUCUUUGACCAGAGAGUCUUAUUAUAGAUUCUGUAGUAAGAAAAAAACUAUUGGUUGGGGUGACUUUGGAGUUGCUACUUCAGUUUUUGAUCCAAAAUCAGGGUUUCUCAACAAUGGUUCUUUGCUUGUUUCUGUUGAAAUUUCCAUUUUGGAUGAGUCAGUUUCAUUCUCCAGAGAUAAUAAUAAUAAUAACAACAAUGAGGGGGAAUAUUCUAUAUCUUCUUUAGGUUGUGACUCUGUUGUCUUGAACGGGAAAUUUACUUGGAAGGUUAAAAAUUUUAGUUUGUUCAAGGAAAUGAUCAGGACCCAGAAGAUGGUUAGCUCUGGUUUUCAAGUUGGUCAAGUUGUUGUCCAUAUUAAUGUGUAUAAAACCAAGGUUGACGGAGUUGAGUGUUUGUCUUUAUUUUUGGAGGCUAAUGAGGCACACAAGUGUCGUAAAUGUGUGGCCCUUGUUAUGAGUAGUUGGAGUUUGUUUCGAAUAUCGGUUUUAAAUCAAAGGCCAGGGCUUAAUCAUAUGCAUAGGGACUCAUAUGGGAGGCUUAGUUGGGAUAAUUCUAAUGGAGAUGAUACAACUCUAGGUUGGACUGAUUAUAUGAAGAUGUUUGAUUUUAUUGGGUCUGAUAAAGGGUUUGUUGUGGAUGAUACUGUGGUUUUGACAGUAUCUUUCAAUGCGAUCAAAGAGUCUAAUAUUACUCUAAGUGCUGGUUUAAGGAAUUCUAGUGUCACCCAAAAAGGUGACACAUAUAUGGGAAAGUAUAGCUGGAAGAUUGAAAAUUUUACGAGGUUGAAGGAUAUUCUGAAGAAGAAGAAGAUGAAAGGAGUGUUUGCUAAGAGCAAAAAGUUUCAGAUUGGGAAUCAUGAAUUUCGCCUGGUUGUUUAUCCUAGAGGGCUAUCUCAGAAACCUUCCCACUUUUCGAUGUUUCUUGAAGUUUCAGAUCCUCGAAAUGCUACCACGGAUUGGAGUUGUUUUGCCAGUUAUCAGCUAGCCAUUAUGAACCAGAAGAUGAGAGACAAUUCUAUUGUGAAGGAAUCACAGGAACGUUGCUCAAAAGCUACCAAAGAAUUGGGAUGGUCUGAAUUUGUGACUCUUACAAGUCUCUUUGAUAAGGAUUCUGGGUAUCUGGUUCAAGAUACUGUUAUCUUUGGUGCAGAUGUUCUUAUUUUGAAGGAGACCUUCAAAAUGCAGGAUAUCCCAGAGUCAAGCAAUAAACCUGCCCGUAAAGAUGGAGAUAAGAAAAGGUGGUCGAUCACUUGGAAGGUGGAAAACUUCUUAUCCUUCAAGAGAAUAUUGGCAACCCAGAACAUAUAUAGCAAAUAUUUCCAGGUUGAUAAAUUAGAACUUCGAAUGGGGGUACAUGUAUUGUCUGACACCAUAUAUGCAUACUUGGAGUGUGAUCCAUCGGUUGUGAAUGAUCCUGAUAAGGAUUUUUGGGUUAGUUACAGGAUGACUGUGUUAAAUCAAAAGCACCCUGCCAAAAGUUUCUGGAAGGAGUCUUCUCUAUGUACAAAGACUUCUACUAAUUGUGAUUUGCAGUUAAUGAAACUAUCCAAUAUGCUGGAAGCAGAUGCUGGGUUUGUUAUCGGUGAGAUGGUUACUUUUGUUUGUGAGAUCCUUGAUUAUUGCCCGUGGUUCGAUUUCUCAGAACUGGAGGUUCUGGGUGAUGUCACACCAACUAAGCUUCAUAAAACCACUAGUUCUGAAACUUGUAAAGUAAUGAACGGAUGUAAUGUGGACAUCUCCAGACAGCUUCUUGAAACCGCAAGAGAUCACCUUAAUGUUGAACAUGAUACAUCUCUGAUACUUGUUAUUCUGAAAGAGGAACUUAAAAAGGAUCUUGGCACAUUCGCUGGAGUUUUGGUCGGAAUGCGGCUUUACCUUGACAAUCCUGUUAAACUGAACUAUUUUUUUCGCCAAUUGUCCAGUAGCAUGGAUACAGGGCAGGUAAAUGUUAACGCAGAUAAAUUUCCAUCCAAGCUAGCUGCUUCAAUCAUGGAUUCUGAUUUCUUGCGUCAGAAAAUUGACAAUGCACUUUUAGAUGUAAUGGUUGAGUGUUGCCAGAGAUUAAAUAGUAAAUCUGGAGAGGAUCCAUAUGAUCCAAGUUCAAAACCAUGCCUAGAUACCAAUGAAGCUAGCUCUCAAUCUAAAUUUCAUUGGCAAAGUACACUUCCACAUUUUCUUCGAUCUUUAAUAUACGAGAGAUUCUUUGGGAUUGAUGAUUGUAUGGACAAUGGAAGCAAUACAUCUGUGAAAGCUAAUCUUGGACAGCACGAUUCUUCUUCUGAGUCAUCUGAGGAGAUCUUAGCGUUUAUUGUUAAUUCACUGAAGGAUCUAGAUGAUGAUGUUACACAAGAUCCCUCAGAGCCAAGCCGAGGGUGUCAAUUUGUGGAGAAGAUUUUAAUAUUACUUGAUGAAGCUCCUAAGCAUCUGCUACCAGAUCUAGUUUCUUUGUUGCCCAAGUUAGCAUAUUGGUUUGAGCAUAAAGUUGUUGCUUCUGCUCUUUUAGAUCAGCUCCUACAGCCAGGUGCAGAAUCUUCAAUGCGACUACCUGUUCUUGAGGCCAUGUGUAAAUUGCACUUUGGCACUGAUGUUUGGGAAUGUGCAUUCUCUCAAGCUUCUGAAGUUGUGGGUGAUUUAAAUGGUGAAGCACUUGGAGCUGCCAUCUGCUUAUUAUUUAAAGCUGCAUCUCAGUGCCGGCAAAUCCCUCAAGCAGUAAGUAUCAUUCAUCAAAGGUUAGAGAGUCUGGGAACUGAGGUUUCACUUUCUGUGCUGGAUCUUCUUGGAAAAACUUUGAAUAGUUCUGGUGACCUUGCGGUAACUAUGUUAGGAGAAAUCGAUUCUGUCUUUUCACUUGAUCAAAAACACUUGACACAUUGUAUUAGUCCCUCAUCAUCUGGUGAAAAUGGACUUGCAACCAGGAGUUUGCAUGCAGGAGAUCACCAUUUUUCUGAUAUCUUUAUGUUGUUAGAGAUGCUGGCCAUGCCUGCCAUUGCUAUGGAAACUGCCCAGGCUUUUGAGAAAGGUAUUGCAAAUGGAUUUAUCAUGGAUCAUUCGGUGAAAAUGGUGUUGGAAAAAUGUGCUUCAAUAUUGAGCGUCAAUGUAGUUUCUUCUGAAAAACAUCAGUUUGGAGACACUGAGACGGCAGGAAAAGGAAGGAUGGAUUUUUUGUACCCAGAAGUUUUUACAUUGCUUUCUGGUCUUGCUGAUAAAUUGUUCCUUUCUAGACACUCUCAAGUGCGUGGGUUUCUGAGAAAGUUUUAUUCAUUAAUAUUGACACUGUUUGCGGAUGAGAAUUAUCAAAAGAAGGUGCUGAGAAGAUUGGUUGAUCAUGCCACAAGUGCUGCUAAUAAUUGCUGUGAAACUAGUCUGGAUGUAUUGGUUUUCUUGGUUCACAAGGAGUGUAAAGUUGCCAGACUAGUUCUAGACAUGAUCAGAGAUGAUUUUCAACUUGCUAAUUCUGACCGUUCUGCACUUCAGAGCCAAUUAUGUGCUAGAGAGGAUGAAAAUAUCCGUGCUGAGGAAGAAUUGCGAACUGAACUUUCAAAGAUGAGGAUAGAGAAAGCAACUUUGUUAGAAAGGCUGCAUGAGUCUGAGGCUACUAUUCUUGAUUAUAAGUCUGAAAUGAGGCUUGAAAUGGAUCGUUCUGCUCAGGAAAAGAAGGAACUUUCUAAACAGGUACAAGCAGUUCAUCGUCAGUUUCAACAUAUUUGUUCCAAACAGAAUGAUAAAUUAGUGAAGCUCUCCAACGAGAAAAAGGUUUAUCAAGAUCAUCUUCGUGGCCUGGAGAUGCAGCUUUCUCAGUUGAACACCCAAAAAGAUCGAGAAUUGAAGAAAGUAGUUAAAGAGAAAAAUGUUCUUGCUGAAAGGCUGAGGAAUGCAGAAGCUGAGAGGAAGAGAUUUGAUGAAGAACGGAGAAGAUGCGCUUUGCAGGUUGUAGCUCAAGAAGCGGUACAACAGUCACUUUUAGAUGAAGUGCAGCAGUUGAAGCAGAAUCUUGGGCAGAUUAAAAGAGAGAAGCAAGAGAAGGAAGAGGAGGUUGAACACUGUAAGACAUACAAUGAUGAGCUGAAAGUGGCGUUGAAUACUUGUCAGCAAUAUAUCCAGUCCCUUCGGGCUUCACUUCAGGAGGAGAUGCUACGACAUGCUCCUCUCUAUGGAUAUGGCCUGGAAAAUCUGUCAAUGAAGGAACUAGAGACAUUAUCAGGCAUCCAUGAAGAUGGCCUAAGAGAGAUCCGUGCCAUCCAACAUCGUGUAAGAAGCAAUAGUGAAAGCCUUCCCCCUUACAUGACUGCAGAUACCCUUCAAAAUUUUGACGGUGAUGUACCCUCCAGCCCCUUGUCCUGUUGCUUCAGUCAACCCAAGUGAUUUUCAGGUGUUUUGCAAACUUAGGAGCACAAAGAGGGAGGAAGAACGCAUAAAGACGGAAAUUUACAAACCAAUGUUUCAAUUUAUGUACAUAUAUUAACAGUAACAGCAUUGACAGUUGUCGACUUCAGAGGUGAUAUUGAAUUAUUAAUUUAAACA